AUGGCGGUGGCUGCCGAGGCCGCCCCGGGGCAGGAGAGGAGGAGGGGGGGCGGGGAGGGGCCGCCCGCGCCCCGCGGCCAGAGAGCAGAUGAUACUUUGGAGGAGGCAGCCAGAAAAGAACUUUGCACAGACACUUUCUGUAAAGUGUGUGGGGCUGUCCUGCAGUUUGAAUCUCAACGGGUUUCGCACUAUGAGGGGAAAAGGCAUGCUCAGAAAGUUCGACUUUAUUUGCAAAUACAUAGUGAUCAAGAGGAGGGACAAGAAUCUGGAAAGCAGAAGAGGCAAUAUGUGAAUUUCCAGACAGACCCAAAUGUGGACAAAAACACAUACUGCAGGCUCUGCAACAUGGUCUUCACAUCCCCCGUUGUUGCUCAGUCACACUACCUGGGGAAAAUCCAUGCCAAGAAACUGAAGCAGCUCUCAGCAGACCAGGCUCAGCACUCUACCCAGAGCACUCAGCCAGAACUUGGUCUGUCUUUAACUUCAGGUGUGCCAGAGUUUUGUCAUGAGAAGACUUCACAGGAUGCUGAUGCAGAAGACCGGUCUUUCUCUAGUGUUCCUUUUGAUUUAGAUAAUCCAGAGAAGUAUUGCAAGCUUUGCUUGGCGCCCUUCAACAAUCCACUCAUGGCCCAUCAGCACUAUGUUGGCAAGAAACACAAACGAAAUGAAGCACGUAAGAAACUGGUGGCUGAGAUAGGGCCUGAGGCGGUUCCUGGGGAAUCCAAAGCCAGUGCAGUUGGGGCUGUAAACUAUAUUUGCCCCAUAUGUAGCAUCAGCCUUACAUCCAUAGAAAUGUACCAGUCUCACAUGAAGGGAAAUAAGCAUCAUAUGAAAGAAGCCAUGAUAGUCAGUCUGAUGAAGAAAGCCAAGAAAACAUAUCUUUCUUUCCAGGAUGAACUGGCAGAUUACAUUAAAGUGCAAAAAGCAAGAGGAUUGGAACCAAAAACUAAUUUUAGAAAGCCAGAGAAGGAAUUCCAAAGGGAAGAGCUUGAAGCCUUAAAUGGUCAGGAGGAGACCCCUGUGUUUGACCAAGAUCAGUUUUCACAUAUGUAUGAACCAGACCAGCAUUCCAUUUUUUUUGCAGAAACAUGUACCCCUUCAGACACUGUUGAAAAGAGAUUGCCAUGUUGGUCAUCAACUCUUGAGAAUCCACUGAAACUAGAGAAUGUACCUCUGUCUCAGUUGAGUAUAGAACAUUGCUCAGAAAAGCAAGGGUCUCAGUUGACCACCUGCAAACAUGAUGAUAAUGACUGGUCAUCUGAUGAAAGACUCAUGUUUUUAGGCAGGAGCCCCAACUAUUCCAGGGAAAGUCAAAAGACAAAGAAAAACAAGAAGGAAUAUGCUGAAGAUGGAGAAGAGAACCCUUGCCAGCACCUUCAAAAGCCCAAAAGGAAACGGUACUAUAAAGACGAAAUGUGCUUGAGAAAGGGCAGUGAGAAGCAAAAUCAAAGAAAAGAUACUGCAGAUUCCGCUGAGGUGAAAUCAAAGCAUGGCAAAGACAAAGGAAAUAAAGGUGGUUUUUCUGAAAAGGAGAGUAGAAAACACAAGAAAGAGAAAAAGGAGGGAGAAGCCGGUGGACCAAUAGAUGAGGAGAUACUGUGGAAUGAGUCGGUCCUAGGAUUCUGA